GUAACCGAAUAAGUAAAGUUAAAAAAAGUCCUCCUCUGGCCCGUCCUCUCUCUGCGCUUCCCUUCCCUCUCGCCUUCCUUGGGGGGCAAGGAUCUAGAAAGAAGCGAGGCACUGUGAGGAAAAGAGAGCUUAGAGAAGGAAGGAGGGAGGUAUUUGUGUGAUCAUGGAGGACUCAGGAAAAACCUCAUCCGGCGCGGCAGAUUCGUACGUUGGCAGUUUGAUCAGCCUGACUUCAAAGUCGGAGAUCAGGUACGAAGGCCUUCUCGCCUCCAUCAACACCGAAGAAUCCAGCAUCGGCUUGCAGAAUGUUAGGUCAUAUGGUACUGAAGGGCGGAAAAAAGAUGGACAACAGAUACCUCCAAGCGAUAAAAUUUAUGAAUACAUUUUGUUCAGAGGGAAGGAUAUCAAGGAUUUGCAAGUGAAAUAUACACCAGCUGCUCAUAAUACUCCAGAGCUUCAUCAUGAUCCUGCUAUUAUUCAGCAGUCACACUUUUCUGAGGGCCCACUGGAUUCCAGGGGGUUUUCUUCACUUGGAACAGCCAUGACAAGUAUGCCAUACCAUGAGGGUUACGUGUCCUCACACAUAGCUGGAUCUAAUUCUUUUACUGUUCCAUCUAUCCAAGACGGCAAUCCUUCAUUGUCACUUGAUUGGCAUGGUUGUUAUAGACCAUCAAAUGGGAUUCCUUACACUUCUUGCUCACAGGAGCCCCCACUACAACAUUCUCUGAUUCAGCCCUCCAUUCAUUUGAGUUCUUCUGUGUCAGGUCUUGUUGAUCCUCCACCUUUAACUGCCUAUGGCAUAUCAACUAAGGUACCUGCCUCAUUGUUACCAAAACCAGACUUGACUGCAAAUUCAUUGCAUAGGCCUAUCAUUCCCCAUUCCCUGGGGCACAAACUGCACCAUUCUGAGGUUCAUCCUUUUGCUACUUUUAUCUCCCCUACGUCAGGAGUUGCCAAUGCUUCAGCUUUACCUGUUAUGCCAUCUGAUAAUCUUCUAUACAACAAUUUGCCAUCAAUGAGUGCAUCCGUUCAAAGUGAUAUAUCCUCCUCUACAUUUUCCAUCACCCCCACUAAGGUACCUGAGACAUCAUUACUUGAAUCAGAAUUAGUUACUAACUCAAUAAGAGUGUCACCACCAACUUAUGGUCAAGAAGUGAACUCAAUUGCAUCACCUUUCCAAAACAAUGGUUGGUAUGCACCAGUAACAAAUCCUGCUGUUUGGUCGAUGCCUAAGUCUGAAACUUCUACUGAGUCGUCCACUUCAGGUCCUUCAGCACUGGGGCCUUCAAUUUUGAAACCCGGGCAAUGUUUACAACCUGGUGCUUUUAAUGAUUCACUUCUGCAGACCUUUGACAAUGAUAAGGAAAUCAGAGAGGCUACUGUACCAUCUUCAUCAAAGAUGUCAUCAUUUGUCUCAACUUUGAAUACUCAGCGAACUUUGCCGUCCACGCCCAUAUGUUCAGAUAAGCAGAAUCAGCUUAAAGCUAUGGAAUAUGCUGAGGAAUUUGACUUUGUAGCCAUGAAUGAGAAGUUUAAGAAGGAAGAAGUUUGGGGAACUUUGGGCAAAGUUAUGCAGAAGACUUCGGGAGGCAGAAAUGAGAAUGAUGUAGAUGAACUGGUUAAUGAAAAUGAUGGUGCUCAAUUCACAAAGUUCAGUAAUAGAGCUGUUUAUGUCAAGGAUGAAUUCUUUGAUUCAAUUUCUUGUGGGUCAUUAGAUAGAGCUAGGCGGAACCAACAUGGCAGAUAUUCUGAGCGGACAAAAGUGGAUACUGAGACUUUUGGUGAUUUCCAGCAGAGGCCCUAUACAGGCCGUGGUAGAGGAUACCUUGCAAACUACAGAGGUGCAUAUUACCGUGGAAGAGGUUAUAGACAUGGGUGGAGGGGGCGUGGCGAGGAUGGUGUAGGUGAACAAGGAUGACAGCUGAAAAGAAGUGAUCUCACAUGGUAAUCAAGAGAAACGUGUUCAAGUAUGCCUGUGGCUUUGGUUUGUGCAGCUGCACAUGUAAGUCCCUCUGGUAUUUGAGCAGAAGAGUCUUAACCGUUGAGUUUAUUUCCAGUUGCUCUUGAAUUAGGAUUUUCUUCCCAAAGCAACGAGGCAUCACUUACAUAUUAAGUUCUGUAUAAAGCACUUCUGCUGCGGAAACUUAAUGGCAUGCUAUUUGCUUGAGCUAGCUCGCAACUGUCUUCUUAGUCAUCAGGCACUCAACCAUGCUUUCGAUGUAAUUAAUUUACAUGUGAGGAUGUUACAAAUGUCAUUGGAACUUUAGUUAUAUUUCCUUUGGUCU